AUGGUCAAGCCAAAUGCCCUUAUGGGUAUCUCAACGGUGCACGGUGCCUUCACGCCAGAAAUCCUUCGCGAAAUGGCCAAGAACAAUCCCCGUCCAAUCAUUUUUGCACUUUCGAACCCAACAAGCAAAUCAGAAUGCACAGCCGAGGAGGCCUAUAACUACACUAAUGGUACCGCAUUGUUCGCAUCAGGUUCUCCCUUCGACGAUGUGGAGAUGAACGGGAAGAUCUACAAGCCUGGUCAAGGCAAUAACUCAUACAUCUUCCCCGGUGUCGCACUGGGUGCUGUGCUCUUCAAGGCUAAACAUAUUCCUGACAAGGCAUUCCUGAUUGCUGCUAGGGUACGUCAAACUAUCUUGUUCAAUCUAUACUAUUUUCUACUUGAUUCCUUUCAAUCCUUAGUACCCUCCAACUACUACUAG